CACUUCUGCUGCCUCCUCUCUCCCAUCACCACUCGCCACCUGAAAAUCUAUCUCUCCAAGCUCAUACUGAAGCGCAUUUGUGUUUCUCUCGAUCAGUGAGCUAGCAUUCGUCUUAUUUAUUAACACAAAUUCAAACUGAGUUGAAGAUCGAUCGAUUUGGUGAAAAUGCUGGCAAAGAAAAUUUGUGAUGCUGAUCGUGUUGGUCAGAGAGCAUGGAAGCUGCUGCGUAUGGCAUUUAUAUGGGCAAGAAAGGGCGGCGUCUUCAAACACCGCCUCAUGAUGGAACUGAGGGUCGUCCCCAAGUUCCUUAAGAAUCACCUUGGCACAAAUGCAUCAACAAAGUCAAGACCACAAAUCCAUUACUUUGAACGCGAGUUCUCCUUCGACAAGACCCCCCUUUUCAAUCUCAAAAUGCACCGUCCACCCUCCAUGCGCUUCAACAUUCCUUGCCUUAACCCCCCACUAGUACUGCACGACGAUGACGACCAUCUCUUUCAUUCUGAUCAUUAUGAUGAAGGAAGGAAGAGCUUCCUUACAAAUUCUGAUCAUGCUGAUGAUCUUGAUCGUGAUGAUGAUGGUGAUGAUCUUGACCAGGGGAUGACAUUGUCAGAAGACUAUGGUACAGCUGCUUAUUCAUGUGCUAAUUAUGAGGACGAAGCAGUUGACAGAAAGGCAGAUGAGUUCAUCGCCAAAUUCUAUCGGCAAAUGAAGCUGCAAAGACAAAUUUCACACACACAGUACAAUGACUGAAUGACAUGUAAAUAGAGGCGCAAACUAAACAACUUUUCGUGCAAUAUUUUCACUCCAUUUUCAUCUCUAUCGCCCUUCUAGUUUUAUUUCUUUAGUACUAUGUAGGCAUAUAUCGGCUUUUACGUUUCAUUGUAUGUUGUAAGAGACACUGCGGCACUUUGUGGAUACCGGAGUUCAGAAAACUAGUACCCUUCCAAUAAACAGAUUCAUUGGUCCCCCUUCUA